AUGUUAGAAUAUAUGAAAAACACAAAAUAUUUUGAAAUGAAGGAGAAGGAAGUAGGUGAAAUAGAUAAAAGUAGAAGUGAAGAAGAUGAGAAAGAAAAUGAAGAAAAUAAUGAAAAAGAAAACAAAGAAAAUAAGCAUGAUGAUAGGUAUAAUAAAACAAAUGAAAAGAAUAAAGAUAAGAAGAAUGAAAAAAAUAAUAAAAGAAAAAAUGAAGAUAAGCAUAAUAAAUAUGAUGAAGUGAAUAAAGAGGAGAAUAAAGAAAUAGAUGAAAUA